AAUUUAUAGAGGACUAAAGUAAUUCCCUUGCCUAGUUGCAUUGGCGGUUGAAGUCAGACUAGAGUGUCAAGAUUAAGAAUGGCCUCUUGUGAAGCUAUUCGGAAGAAUUUGCACGAGGAGAAAACAUUGGUUGGUAUUAUUUCAAAAGAUUUUCUACAAACCAGGGAAUAUUUGGAAAAGCUUGCAAGACUUUGUCCAUCGGCAACAUUCCUCAUCAUCAAUCAUGAAGAAAUAACAUCAGAUUGCUUAAAAGACUUGGAAAUCUUAAUUGCAGAUCCUCCACUUGUCCGUGAAUGGAUUUAUCAGUUACCUAAGUUAAAAUGGAUGCAGGCUACAUAUGCUGGCGUAGAUAAUAUAAUCCACUGUAUUGAGCCAUGUAAUGUACCACGGUAUAGUUUGACCAAAUUGAGUGGAACGUUAGGUGCGAGCAUCGCCGAGUACGUUAUGGGUCAUGUGAUUGCGCGCGAGCGAAAGUUCCUUCUAUGCUCGGAGUACCAAAAAAGUAAAUCCUGGUGUCCGUGGGAAGAAAUGAAGUACCGCGUACUUUCAGAUUUGACUAUUGGUAUUCUUGGUUUUGGAUCCAUAGGGAAAGUUAUUGCAGAAUACUGCCAUAACAUGAAGAUGAAAGUCUUUGUUAUCCAUCGGGUUGUACCAACUUCUACCUUUUCUUACGUAGACAAGAGUUUUGGUAUAGAAGACUUAGCAGAAUGUUUAAAAGAAUGCGACUAUUUAGUCAGUAUUCUACCAAGUGCUGAGAGUACGAAAGGACUGCUUACUGGGGAGGUCCUCGAAAAUUGCAGGGCUAAGAAAACAGUUUUCAUAAACGUAGGUCGUGGGGACCUGCUGGACGAAAAGAGUAUUUUGAGGGCUCUUGAUGAUCAAUGGAUUGGUGGAGCUAUCUUGGAUGUCUUUGAAAGUGAACCCCUUCCAAAAGAAAGCGCUUUAUGGUGUCAUCCUCAAGUUUUUAUUACUCCUCACGUCUCUGGUCGAGUCAAUUCAAAUAUGGUCUUGAAAGUGUUUGUGGACAAUUUCCAACUCUAUAAAGAUGGAAAAGAACUUAAAUAUCUUGUAGACUGGGAAAAAGGUUACUAGACGUUUGGUGGGAUAUAUUGACCAAUACGCUAGGGGAAUUGAACAUUUACAUCAAAUUUUUGUUACCUAUUGACGAGUGUUAAAAACGAAGCAAAUAAUCAAGUUUGGUUAUUUUAAAUAUUUUAAAUUAGGUAUGCAGUAUUGCAAGGUCAAAGCUGGAGUCAAAUAUAUUACAAUAAAAAUAAAACAAUUACAAUUGUAUAACUUUAUACGCAAUAA